AUGAGUUAUCGCCGUGGUGGUGGUGGUAUGCAGCAGAAAUGGGAUGCCAAGAAGAUGACAAUGAAGAAAUUCGUCUACUAUGACAAUGAUGUGGCAUCGCGGUACGAUGAAACUGAUGACGAUGCACAGGACUCCGAGUCACGGUUUUUUCGGUACAUUCCGCGAAUGCCUCAAUAUGGAGGACGCAGUUCAAGGGGUUGGACAAGAGAUGGCAGUCGCGACCACGUCUCCGUAAAGGUGCAUUUGGAUAACAGACGGGACAGGCAGUUAUUACGUGGUUCCGGUGGCGGCUCGUCAGCCACAGCAGUUGUAAUGAAUCAGAUAAAGGUAAUCGAACAUUUCUUUUUAUUACCUGUCAUUGUUUUAUCAACCCGUACGUUCACCAUUUUGUGCACUUUUCGAGGGUUGCUGUCUCCGAAACUGUUUUGA